GGAAAAACAGUGUGGCUAUUGUUAGCCGCUCCAGCAGGUUGUGUCAGAGUUUAUCCCAGCUCGGAGGCCUGCCCUGCGCCUACCUGUUGAAUAUUCACCUCGACAAUUUGCAAACGAGUCAGUAUCGAGGAGCAAAGUCUAGAAAACUACAUCGCGGCGGAGGAGAAGGAGCGAGAGGCGUGCGUAAUAGGCGAGGGAGACCGAUUGGCGUGCGUACAAGGAAGUAAUCAACAGGUAUAACGCUUAUUCAAUGUUAUAGCACGCGAAGGAAUAGUUUCAUCUGUCCGAGCCAUCCGAAGUUUAGAAACAUGCCCCUGGGACCAUGGAGGAAGAAGAAAUCUACGAAGGAGCACUUGGUGGAGAACGAGGAGGUGAGCGGUAUCGGCGGAGGUAGUGGAGGAGGAGCGGGACUCGCAGGUGCAGGGAGCCCGGGGAAGGCGGCGGUGAACGGGGCAGGUCUCCCGCCGCCUCCCGCUAACCUCAGGCCCAAGCUGGUGUUCCACACGCAGCUCGCACACGGCAGCCCCACGGGGAGGAUAGAGGGCUUCACCAAUGUCAAAGAACUGUACGGGAAGAUAGCAGAAGCCUUCAACAUCAGCCCGCCAGAGAUCCUGUUCUGCACGCUCAACACUCACAAGAUCGACAUGGACAAACUGCUGGGCGGACAGAUCGGCCUGGAGGACUUCAUCUUCGCUCACGUCCGAGGCAUCAAGAAGGAGGUGGAGGUGCACAAGACUGAAGACGCUCUGGGUCUGACCAUCACGGACAACGGAGCCGGAUACGCUUUCAUCAAGAGGAUUAAAGAGGGCAGCGUGGCGGACGGGGUGAAGGUGAUCUGUGUGGGAGAUCACAUCGAGUGUGUCAACGGGAAGAACGUGGUGGGGACCAGACACUACGAAGUGGCUCGAAUGUUAAAGGACCUGCCCAAAAACAAGACCUUCACUCUCAAACUGGUGGAGCCUAUGAAGUCGUUCGAAAUGCUGGAGCCACGAAAUAAAGGAGCCAAACCCACCGAUGGUAAAGUCGGAUCAGGCCGAGCCACACUCAGACUCAGGUCUAAGGGACCGGCCACCGUGGAGGACGAGCCCACAGAGUUUGAGGAGAAAGCAGUGCAGAAAGUGGACGACCUCCUGGAGAGCUACAUGGGCAUCAGAGACACAGAACUGGCGGCUACGAUGGUGGAGGUCGGACGUGAUAAGAAAAACCCGGAUGAAUUCGCCAUGGCUCUGGACGAGACUCUGGGAGACUUUGCUUUUCCGGACGAGUUUGUAUUCGACGUUUGGGGCGCGAUCGGAGAUGCCAAAACGGGAAGGGUUUAGGUUCAGAUCCUGCCACUGUACCAGAAAUAACAACAACACUAUGUCCUAUGUUCCUUUGUUUUUAAAUGGACCAAAUCUGACCUGCCACGCUGUAAGGGUAGUACAUAUUAGCUUUGUACAUACACGGACUGUCCUGUUUUAUAAGCAAUUGAUACUUUGCAGUGACAUCACGCUGGGGGGGACUGCAUGUAUGUCUAUGUAGGAAUGUUCAGCAGCUGCACCGUGGUGACACAAUGCCAAAAACGUUUUAAGUUCUCAAGAAAAAAUACAAAAUGGAUUUAAACAAUCCAUUUUAAGGAGCCUGUGAUCAAUCCGAGCGUUCAUGGUUCUGUUUAUUUACGUUACUAGGUUAUUUUUUCAGACUAAGAGUUUGUUUUCAUACCUGACAGUUUUGACUGAUGUUGCUCGGACAUUUCUGGUCAGCGGAUUUACACAGGUUUUGGCGCUGUCUUCCUACCGGUGGAGGCAAGAUGACCUAUAAACCGGGACGAGGGGGCUUUUUUACUCUCACACACCCGGGAUACUGUCCUGAGGAAGUCGGACUGCAGAUGGCGCUGUCGUCCUGCCUCCUCCGGUAGAAAGACAGCGCCAAAACCUGUUUAAAUCAGCUGACCGGACACAUCACAGCUAGCCAGUGCCUCCGCUCAAUUUCAUUUCUCUCCAGCGACUAAGUCAGGAAUCAAAAUACAAUAGACGUUUUGCAAAAACCCCGGAAGUGCAAAUUCGGGCACCAGCCAAUCAGCGAAGAGUCAUAUAUUCAGUGUUGUCAGCGAUUCCAGAGAUCGAGGAUUUAAAGCCGGAACAAAGAGAAUGUUUGGUGAAUUUUAUCAAGAGGAAAGACGUUAUUGUCCUUCUUCUUACAGAAUUUGGGGAAAGCUUAAUAUACCAGUUAGCUCCAUUAGCGGCGCAUUACAUACGUCCCGACCAAAUAGCAGUGAUUGGUUAAAUGAUAAAAAGUACCCUCCUACCAUCGAGCGAACGAAAUCUAAGGCCAGACGAUUUGUACGAAGUGAAACGAAGUAAAACCAGCUGAUGAAUGGCUACAUCACAACAACAUCACGUGAACACUCUGUCAGGUAUGAAAACAAACUCUUGGUCUGAAAAAAGAACCUAAUAACGUAAAUUAUCGAGAACUAAGUGAACCUCAUUGGACUGUCCUGUUUGUGUGUUUUCAACAAAAAGGUGAGCGAAUCUAAAUGAUAAACUGUCAGCUAAUGUUAUUUGAGAGGGACUUGUUUAACAGCACAAAUCUGCUCACCUGUUUUAGUUCCAGCUAAGACAGUUUUAUGAUCAGAUUGUGUUAAAACAAAACUGAGAUUAAGGUCUAACUUGAGUAACAGAGCUUCAGACAGAGCAGUGCUUCCAGUUAGUUCCACUCCCCCAGGGAAUGUUGAUGAUUUCAGCUGCAAAGUAUCAAUAGACGAUGUCAACAAUUCAAUUCAACAAAGUAGCCUCACUAUAUAAUAAUGCUUAUUGUAGAAAUAUUUUUAUUGUAUUUUCUAGAAAGGAGAAUUGGUUUAAAAUGUUGAUUAAGCACUAAAUGUUCUAUACUUGGUGAAUACUUAUGUGUUUUGUUGAAUAACUUCUGAAGCAAUUGUAAUUUUAUCACUUAUUAUACCAGUUUGGUAACAUUCUCGCCGACUCCAACACAAAUGUAUAGACUGGAUUUUUAGAUUUGACCCUUUAAAACUGCUAUUGAACGCUAUGCUUCCCUGUCGACAAUGUAUCAAGAACUACAUUUGACGUCUUUAAGAUAAUAUAUGAUCAUUUGUAAAACGAAAUAUAA